AUGAAGCCUGGAUUGAAUCUUUGCCAGGCGUGGGACAACUUCGUGGCAUGGAUUUAUGCUAUCCGCCACGAGGGCAUGUCGGCUGAAGAGGCGCAACUGGGCAGAGGGCUGUAUUAUCAGCUUCGGGUGGCCCAGGCGGCGAAGGAAAACCCCGGCGUUAAUAUCCAAACCCUUGCCAAUGCCAUCGGGGAUCCCGGAAAGGAGGACGACCCGAUUUUUCAGACGGUCCAGAAAACGAAAAAAUAUUCCGCCCCUCCUAGCUAUGCGCGUGGUUUUCGAUGCUGGCGCACAGGGCACUACAGCACAACAUGCUAUGUGCAGGUGAAAAAGACGCCAUUUAAGCCAAAAAACGAUUAUCGGCCCCGGAAGCAGUGA